AAACAAGCAAUUAAAAAAAAAAUCUCAAAAUCAGAACAAACCUGAAGCUCACAGUAACAAACGCAUCUUCAACCACAAGCUCCUGCAAAAAAUUUCCCGGAAAACAGAGGAAAAGGAUCUCCUUUACUCUCCUAGGGAAAAUGGGCAGCAAGACGUUGUUCAGUUUGACAAGCCCUCGACUUUUCUCCGCCGUUUCUCGCAAACCCACCGUUUCUUUCUCUCCUCCGUCGUCGUCGAGGUCUCAGUGGGCUCAGCUCAGCCCUGGAAGAUCGAUUUCCCUGAGAAGAAGAUUCUUCUUGUUGCCUGCAAAAGCCACCACAGAGCAAUCAGGUCAAGUGGAAGGAGAAGAAGUCGAUAGCAAUAUUAAUGCUUAUUGUAGCAUCAACAAGGCUCAGAAGAAAUCAAUUGGUGAAAUGGAACAAGAGUUUCUCCAAGCCUUGCAAUCGUUCUAUUACGAUGGCAAAGCGAUCAUGUCAAAUGAGGAGUUUGAUAACCUUAAAGACGAGUUGAUGUGGGAAGGAAGCAGUGUUGUGAUGCUAAGUUCGGAUGAACAAAGGUUCUUGGAAGCUUCAAUGGCUUAUGUUUCUGGAAAUCCGAUUCUGAAUGAUGAAGAAUAUGAUAAGCUGAAACUGAAACUAAAGAUGGAUGGUAGCGACAUUGUGUGUGAGGGUCCAAGAUGCAGUCUCCGUAGUAAAAAGGUGUAUAGUGAUCUCGCCGUAGAUUAUUUCAAGAUGCUCUUGCUGAAUGUUCCUGCUACCGUCGUUGCUCUCGGCCUAUUCUUCUUUCUGGACGACAUUACAGGUUUUGAGAUCACAUACAUCUUGGAGCUUCCGGAACCAUUCAGCUUCAUAUUCACGUGGUUCGCUGCUGUGCCUUUGAUUGUAUAUCUGGCUCUAUCAAUCACCAAAUUAAUCAUCAAAGACUUCUUGAUCUUGAAGGGUCCUUGUCCGAAUUGUGGAACGGAGAAUGUCUCCUUCUUUGGAACAAUUCUUACAAUCUCCAGUGGCGGUAAAACCAACGCUGUCAAAUGCUCCAACUGUGGAACAGCAAUGGAGUAUGACUCGGGUUCUCGGUUGAUCACAUUGCCAGAAGGAAGCCAAGCUUGAAGGCUGUGAGGUGAAGAUGGGAAAAGAAGAAUGGGUUUUGUCAGAAGCAAAAUAGAUAUUGAUGGUUGUAUAUUUAAGAUCUUCCAUGUUAGCUCUUUCCUCCUUCACAUGUUUUCUGAUUUGUAAGUAUUGUGUAAGCAAUAAGAGAAAUAUUUUAUGAAUACUUCUUCUAUCAACCUUUUGUAGUGAUAAUAUAGUCUUUAAUAAUAAGUUAGGUAUCAAACU